AUUGGUCCCAAGUAGGCUUAGUUCACCUUUCGUUAGUGAGUUCGUUUUUAAGGCGUCUGGCCCACAUAUUCUGUUAGUAAUCCUCGAUACGCGGUAAGUGUUGUAUCGAAGUAUCCUAAAUCGUACCCAAUAGUGAAUGAUACUCGUUCGAAGACGUAUCGUUUAUUAUUUUUUUCUCUCGAAAUUUAACUAAUUGGAUUGUGGAUCAUCGAAUUCUCCAUAUCUUGUCUAACAUAGUCAAUGGUCAAUGGCAUAAAAUGGGUAAACGAACACUGCGGUCGCUAGAAGACACGAAAUGAAUCCAAUAGAAAUUAAAUCUAUCCGUGGUCAACUUGAAAAACUUGGAAAACUUUGGAAUCACGUGAACGUAUAUCAUUUUUGUUGUAACUUUCUCAAAUUCUGUUUCUCCAUCUUCGAGGGAUCGAUAUUCAUUGUUCCGUAACUUGUACAGCCGUAAACGAACAAACGGAAAAAAAGAAACGAAAAGGAAGAAAUAUAUAUGUAUAUAUAUAUAUGUAUAUAUGUAUACACAUAUAUAUUUAUAUAUUUAUAUACGUAUAUACAUAUAGAUCUAUAUCCUAAAGAAGGAUAAAGAAAAUUGAAGCGAGGCCAAAGAUAAAACCGAAGAGAAGAAAAAACGAAGCGAAAAAGUUCUAAGAAGCUUGUAAACAAUAAAAAAAUUUUUUUAAAAAAGCGCCAUCAUUAUCUGGAAAAAGAGGGAAUAAUUAAGAAUUAUUUUGUUCGUUCAAAGAGUGACAUAGUGAGAAAAAGCGUCAAAAUGAGCACAAUAAGUGACAACCAGUGUACGUCUGUAAGAGAUUUCUACAAGGACAGAUCUAUCUUCAUCACCGGUGGUACCGGAUUUAUGGGCAAAGUUCUCGUUGAAAAAUUACUCAGAUCUUGUCCUGGAAUAAAGAACAUUUAUAUUCUGAUGAGACCUAAGAAGAGUCAGGAUAUUCAACAGAGGUUGCAGAAAUUGUUAGAUGUGCCGCUGUUCGAUAAAUUGCGUCGAGACGCUCCUGAUGAACUUUUGAAGAUAAUCCCUAUAGCUGGAGACGUGACGGAGCAUGAAUUGGGCAUCUCAGAAGCUGAUCAAAAUGUUAUAAUAAGAGACGUGUCGAUCGUUUUUCAUUCUGCUGCCACUGUGAAAUUCGACGAACCGCUCAAGCGUUCCGUUCACAUCAAUAUGAUCGGCACUAAACAAUUGUUAAACUUAUGUCAUCGCAUGCACAAUUUAGAGGCUCUGAUCCACGUUUCAACGGCAUAUUGUAAUUGCGACCGCCACGAUGUCGCUGAGGAGAUUUAUCCUGUGUCGGCGGAACCAGAAGAAAUAAUGGCUUUAACGAAAUUAAUGGAUAGCCAGAUGAUUGAUAACAUAACACCGACUUUGAUCGGUAAUCGGCCGAAUACCUAUACGUUUACCAAAGCUCUGACUGAAAGGAUGUUGCAAUCCGAAUGUGGUCAUUUGCCGAUUGCAAUUGUAAGACCCUCGAUCGUUCUUUCUUCGUUUAGAGAACCAGUAUCUGGAUGGGUGGACAAUUUAAAUGGACCAACUGGAAUUGUUGCCGCUGCUGGCAAAGGUUUCUUCAGAUCUAUGUUGUGUCAGAAAAAUAUGGUGGCAGAUUUAGUGCCAGUCGACAUUGUAAUAAACUUGAUGAUUUGCACGGCAUGGAGGACUGCGACAAAUCGCACGAAAACAAUUCCCAUAUAUCAUUGUUGUACAGGUCAACAGAACCCAAUCACCUGGCAGCAGUUCGUUGAACUGAUAUUAAAAUAUAAUCGAAUGCAUCCACCGAAUGACACAAUUUGGUGGCCGGAUGGCAAGUGCCAUACGUUUGCUAUAGUGAACAAUGUAUGCAAGCUCUUCCAGCACCUUUUACCGGCGCAUAUUUUAGACUUCAUUUUGCGACUGAGAGGCAAACCAGCCAUUAUGGUUGGUCUACAUGAGAAAAUCGAUAAGGCUGUCAAAUGCUUAGAGUACUUUACUAUGCAACAAUGGACUUUCAGAGAUGAUAAUGUUCGACAAUUGAGCGGAGAACUUAGUCCUGAAGAUCGACAAAUUUUUAUGUUCGAUGUCAAACAAAUUGAUUGGCCAUCGUAUUUGGAACAAUAUAUAUUGGGAAUUCGGCAGUUCAUUAUUAAGGACAGUCCGGAGACACUGCCAGCUGCUCGUUCACACAUUAAAAAAUUAUAUUGGAUUCAAAAAGUUGUAGAAUUCGGGAUGAUAUUAGUGGUGCUGCGUUUUUUGUUGUUGCGCAUACCUAUGGCCCAAAGCGCAUGUUUUACACUAUUGUCUGCCAUAUUACGCAUGUGUCGUAUGAUUGUUUGACGGCUCAGAAUGCCGGUUGAAAAUCGCGAAAAGCGUUAUAAGAAACAACUAAUCGUAAAGAAGCAUAAUUUAAUGGUGCAGGUUAUCCUUCAACUUCAUUGCUCAUCAUCCCAUCGGUUGGCCUUUUCGAUGUUUCUAUUUGUUCAUAACUAAAUUAGCGUUCGCUAGAGAUAUUAAAUUUCGCGGAGAGUGUCAGUUAUGAAGCAAGUUCAAAAAGGACAUAAAUAAUGAAAUAAAAAAGAAAAAAGAAAAAAAAGAAAAAAAAAAAGAAAAGAAAGGAAAACGUGCAUUCGAAGCUUCCAAAGUUACCACGUGUAAAAGUCAUUUUGUUAUAUUAUUUGAAAAUUAACGAAAAAGGUAUAAUCCUUUUGGGUACGUUGUCUUAUUCAAGCAGCAGAAAUGCAGAAAUGAAAGUUCAGACAUUUACGACCAUACGUUUAUUGUGGAUAUAUUUCAUUGUCAUUAUAAUCGUGUUUUUCGAUGUUGCCUCAAAAGAGCAUUUUGUUCUUCAACAUCGAUUUUUCGCAUAUCGUCGAUUUGUAAUGACGUGACACUAGAAGUAUUUCAACAGAUUAUUAAAAAUCCUGAUACAGUUAUCUUCCAGAUUUAUCUAUUAAUUGAUUCUGAAAAAAAAACAGACUAAAAAAAAGAUUAGUAAUUAAAUAGAUUAAAAAAAAUAGGAGAUUAUAAGGAGAUAUAAAAAUGACAGCUACAAAUAUAUUUAAAUAUGCGCAUUUGUGUACACAUAUAUUAACAUUUUUUGCUAAAAACAAACGAUUGUUAUAUUGCUAAUAGAAGUGGAAUAGCUCGGAAGAUGACUGUACAUAUUUUGUGUCCCAGUCUAUUAUUUUUCACGGUAAUCGCGUAUAGUGCGAUUUGAGAUCAACGACGCGUGAACUCCGUGAGCCGGCAAUUUGAACUAAUUAAAAUUUAUCGAUUAUAAUUAAUCGAUAUUUACUAUAAAACCUUGUAAUUUAUUGAUAUUUUGUUAAAUGUAUUCUUUUCCUUAAAAUUUUCUUCUUAUCGAGAAAAAAAAAAUUAUUUAAGAAAACUAUUAUUUAUUUAUGUUUACAUUUUUAAUGAAAAUGAUUGCGUUUAAUGAGCUUUUUUAUUCAUUGACCUUGGAAUUAUAAUUUUUUUAAUUAGCAAGGUUUUAUCGUGUAUUUCAUUUUCGAGGAAAUAAAUCUUGAUAAUUUUUUUCUUUUUUUCUUUUUUCUUUUCCUUUUUUUUUUUUUUUCUGUUAAAAAGAAGAAGAAGAAGAAGAAGAAGAAAUAAAAAGGAAAAAGAAAAAAAGAAGUUUUAAGAUUAAUCGUAGAUAGUAAAUCGAAGCGAUAGAAUAUUAUUGUACGAAUGUGUAUUUUAUAACAUUGCCAAACAAUUUUAACGCACGCUAAAUUUCUUCCUUUUUCAUCAUUUUUACAAUAUUUAGAAAUAAUAAACAAUUUCUUCGUGUACAAGAUCGUUUAACCUUUUCAGAAACAAAAUUUUUUUUAGAUAUCUAGCUACUUUUACAAGUAGACUUUUUCACAAUUUCAUGUAAUAAAUUAUAAUACAAUAGCAUAUGUAUGUAGUAUGAUAUCAGAAAGGGUUAAACGUCUAGUUAGCAUCGAAUCCUUUCGAGUCUGCGUAAUAUCAAUCUUUUCUCUCAAAUUAAACUAUUUAGAUUUUACUUUGUUAAUAAAGAAAGGAAACGUAGACUCGAAAUGAUUGAUUAGAAAAAAAAAUUUUUAACGCCGGCUAGAGGAGUUGUAAAUUCGUCGUGCCUUUGUGUCGUUGCCAUUUGGCAUUUUGUUCGUUCAUUUAUACUGUGACAUAAGAUAUUAUAGACGUAUAUUUAGUCACAUUCUUACGUCGAUGCAUGCUCGAUUAUAUCAUCCUCAUUCGGUUUCACCAUCAACGAACCAAGUGUUAUUGUUUCUUCUUCUAAACAACAUCAAAGUUGAUAAAGUGUAAUUAUAAUUUCUGUAUGAAAGUAAUUUUUUGUAUGCGUUUCAUUGUUAUUAUUAUUUCGUUUGAAAAAUUAUUUAUAAAAAAAAAAAUGGAUGAAGGGAUGCGUUAUAAUUUUGUUUAAUAUAUAUUUAAAUUUAUUCGAUUUUAUCGUGUACUUUCAAUUAAGUAAUUAGGUGGAUUUUUUGAGUACAUUCCAAUAUCCUCUUAAUUUAAUGAUCUUUGUUUCCUAAUUAAGGCAUAUUAUUUAUAAUUUUGAUGUAAGAACAUAUGAAUCAUUAAAUUUUAACUAUUAUAAUAAAUAUAAAAUAUAAUUAUAAUAAAUAUAAAAUGCAAAAUUAGAUUUUGUAUAAAAAAUUUGUUUCGUUUUUGGUGAAAUUGAAAAUAUAGGAGGACACUGACGAGUGCCAAGACAUCCAGCUUGUUAUAAUUAGCACAAAUGUGGUGCGUUUACUGCUAAAUCAUUGUAAUGGAGAAAAAUCUCGGAAUAACAUAUAACUAUCUAUUAUAUUCAUUCAUGUCCAAGUAUGGAUGCUUCUUAUAAAUCGAAAAUUCCAAUAUGGAAACCAUUGAACACAUUGAAACACAUAAUAUCACACACUGCUUUUUAAAUUUGCUACCGGUAGGCAUGACGUAUUAAUAUCUUAGUCAAAGUAUACAAGUAUUUAUUUUUAAAAGGAAAAAAUUUAUUUAAAAUUCCAAAUUAAAAAUAAAAACGAAUUUUUUUAUUAAAACUUAUUAUCUCGCUAAAAUCGAAAAUUUAAAUGAUUUUAAACAAAAAUUCAAAUGUUUCAAGAAACUUUCAAUAAUGAUGAAUUUUGAAUUUCAAUUAAUCAAUUAUUUUGUGAAUUUUAUAAAUACUGGCCUUAUAACAGAAUAUUAAAAAAAAAAUAAUAAUUAACAUUUUUGCAAUUAGUAAAAAUAGUGAAAGUAAAAAUAUUAUAAAUAAGUAAUAAUAGUACAAAAUAUAUUUGAAGGUUUCUUGAGAAAAAAGAAGGAAGAACUGCCACCGGUAAGCAAAAAAUAAUGAAAAAAAUUUGGGUACGGUCGUUUUUUUUAAAUAGAAGUUGUAUUUAAAUUAUUUAUUAUGCAAACACGAAUUGAGAUAUAUAAAUAUCAUUAGGUAUCUUACAGAUAUAUUAUAUCAUUCAUAAUGAAAUUAAAUUUUAAAAGCAUUGGCGACUUAUUUUUUCGUUUCAUUUAAGUUUUUCGCACGUACUCAGUAGUGAGAAAAGAUUAUUAUUUUAUAUGUAAAUAGAAAUUUAUUACAAUACAUGCGUUCUAUUAUUUUUUUGUGAAUUGUCGUCAUUAUAUUCUUAUCAAUAUAAGUUAUUAUAUUAUUGUAUUUAAAUUUGCGUUAAUCAUUAAUUCUAUCAUAUAAAAUACUCCACAAAAACUUUAAUUAAUUUUCAUUUUACAACAUUAAAUGUGACGCUAGUCUGUACACAAUUGCUUUCCUUUUAUUCUAUGUAUGCUAAUAUGUUGCCUGUGCCUUUAAAAAAAAUGAUUGAUUGGUCGCCCAUUUUUCAAAUAUAUAUAUUAUAUAUGAUUUUCUCGACUUUGGAGAAGUAAUUCACUUAUGUAUAAUUCUUUUUUGAUUAAUCGCUUUAAGUUUGAACGGGCUUCCUUUUUAUAUUCAUUUCAUUGCGAUAUUUUCUAUUCAUUGUUCAAAAACGCUGCCAAGAUAUAAUGGAAGAAUGAGAGAAAGAAAAUAAGAGAUAAGUGUUGCGAUAUGGAAAAGAAAAGAAGCAAAAUAAGCAAAAUUUUGUGAAAAGGAAUUGGAUUGAAUAUUGAAAAAACUAUUAAAAAAAUAUGUGAAAGAAAAAUUAAAUAAUAAUUAACAUUAAGGAUAAAAAGGAAGUAAUGUAUGAAGGAGUUAUCGAGGGUCACCACCUGCUAGUCUUGUCUAUAUCGUUAUUCGGUUACACAAUACAUACAAGGAAAUAAUAUUUAAUAUAAUCGAUUUAAUUAAUAUUAUACUGUAUUACUUAUAAAUUACAUUAAAAAUAAUGAACCAUUGCAAA